CCCUCACUCUUCUUCAAACCCUCCACAACAACUCAUCCAUUUGAUGGUAGCUCGCCGGCGUCUCUUGUGUAAUUUCGCACAUAUUUCCUCUUCUUUCAAUUGUACCUAUUCGGGUCCAGCGGCCUGACCGCUCCCCCCUCAACGCCCCCUCACCUCCCGAGAUGAAGUCGACCGCACUCCGCUUGGUCGUGUUCGCCGUCCUGGUUGUCCUUACGGCGGCUUGGACUAAGGAAGACUAUGAAAUUUUCUCCCUUCGCGAUGAAGUUUCCGCGACAGAGGGUGCCAAUGUGACAUUCUACGACUUCCUCGAUGUCCAACCCAAUGCCAGCCAGGACGACAUCAACAAAGCGUAUCGCAAGAAGUCUCGCCUUCUUCAUCCAGAUAAGGUCAAGCGAUCUUUUAUCGCCAACGUUUCUAAGGAUAAAUCCCGAGCCAAAAACAAGAAGCCCGGCAUCCACGUCAGCCAGGGCCCGACGAAGCGAGAAAUUGACGCUGCCGUGAAGAAGGCCCAUGAACGUGCUUCACGAUUGAAUACCGUUGCCAAUAUCCUUCGUGGGCCAGCUCGGGAGCGCUACGACUACUUCUUGAAGAAUGGCUUCCCCAAAUGGAAGGGUACUGGCUAUUACUAUUCGCGUUACCGUCCCGGGCUGGGUUCCGUACUGGCUGGCUUGUUUUUGGCUUUUGGAGGUGGUGCUCAUUACGCUGCCCUGAUUCUUGGUUGGAAACGCCAGCGCGAGUUCGUUGAUCGGUAUAUUCGCCAGGCUAGGAGAGCUGCUUGGGGGGACGAACUGGGAGUUCGUGGAAUUCCGGUUGUUGAUUCGGUCAAUGUUGCUGCCCCGGCUCCCACUCCUGAAACUGAAACGAGCGUUAUGCCUAUGAAUCGUCGCCAGAAGCGCAUGAUGGAGAAGGAGAAUCGCAAGGAAAGCAAGAAAGGUGCCCGGACAACUUCCCGAAGCUCCGGUACUGCAACGCCGACAGGCGAAUCCGUGGAGCCCACCGGAGAGAGGAAACGAGUGAUUGCGGAGAACGGGAAGGUCCUAAUUGUCGAUUCAAUUGGCAACGUCUUCUUGGAGGAAGAGAGGGAAGAUGGUGAGCGGCAGGAGUUCCUACUCGACAUCGACGAAAUCCAACGCCCCAUGGUACGCGACACGAUGUUGUUCCGGGUGCCAGUCUGGUUCUAUCGCAAAACUAUUGGCAGGUUACUUGGAUCUUCUCGCGCAGUAGAUAGCGAGAUUGCUGAUGAGGAGCCAUCCGAAGUAGCGGAACAGGCUGUUGAACAAGCAAGCGACCCCGUGGAAUCUAAAGGUCGGGUGUCGAGAAGACGAAAGCGCUCUCAGAAGUCUUAAUCUGGCUGGUCUAGAGGGCGUCUUGUUUUCUGUGACUACUGAUUAUAUUCUAUCUCUUGGAUUCUCGAUGUCCGUCUUCUAGGAGACCCCACCGCCCCAAGGAACAUGUAUAAAUAUCUUCUCAAUACUAAAUGUAUAGAAAUUUAAUUCA